AUGGAUUUCCAGACUUGCUACCAGUAUGAUCCUUCGGCCCGUAAGAGGGACGGGCCAGUCAAGAGACGCAAGAUUGAGCCGUUGCAAGGUCUCCAGACUUCUUGGCCACUUCGUCGCUCCCUGUACCAGCGUUUAUGGGCCAAACAGCAAGCACGUCUGAAGAUCUUACUACUCGAAAUCAACGAAUCUACCAUCAGUCAGAUUUCUGCUUUCGUCGAAACCACAGACCCUGAGCCAGCCCCUGGCAGAAUAUCUUCGGCCAUCAUUCUUACUGGUCCGAGCAUUGCAUCACAUGCCUUGCUAUUUUCGCAACUUUCCAACAGAAUCAGUCAAACGGAGCAAAGCAUCUUUGUUUCUCUGACAUCUAGCUUGGCACCGAAUCUCAAGACAUUGCUCAAGAAUCUCAUCGCGAAGGGGACAUCUUCAAACGCUCAGUCUGAUGAUGAGGACGAGGUUGAUGCAGUCAAGCCAACGCGGAAGCGAACACGACUUUUGAAUUACGACCUUCAACUAUUGUACGACUACGUACAGGAGAAGAACCUGUCUAGAGUAGUCGUUGCGUUUCAAGAUUGUGAAGCCUUUGAUGGUGCCCUGCUGUCAGAUGCAAUUGAGCUCUUGACCCGCUGGCAAGACAGAAUACCUUUCGUCUUCUUCUUUGGAGUAGCUACCUCAAUUGAGAACUUCCAAGUCAAGUUGUCCAAGAAAGCCACACGAUGUAUUCAAGGUCAACGUUUCGAUGUCGUCAAAGCAGAGAGUGCUCUCGAGCAGGUGACUGAGGCUUUGUACUCCGUCUCUGAUUCGGAAGCACCAAGACUGUGGAUGGGUCCCGGCAUUUGUUCAGCUACACUAAGACGUCAACGAGAGCACAUUCAAAGUCUGGACGCUUUCGUCGACAGUGUGCAGUAUGCUUAUCUAUCACACUUCUAUGCCAAUGCUCUCAGUAUCUUCUUGGACGAGACUGUGGCGCCUGCGGAUAUCUCGAAUGAACACCUAGAAGCAGUACGAAAUCUGCCUUCUUUCCAACAAUAUAUCGAGACGCUCCUCGAAGAUGGCGAGACUUCGAUACCCAGACGUCUGCUAGAUGACGACCAAUACCUUCUGGAACAUAUCAAAGACCGGAUUGUAUCUGGCACCAAAGCCCUCGGGGCAAUCUUGGACACUGUCGAAACAAUCGCGAUGCUGCAAAAACACAUCCCUGCAUUGCAACAACAACUCAAAUCAGCCCUUCUUGUCGAUGCGCUUUCAGGUCAACUCAAAGACUCAAUCUUCGAGAGAAACUUAUUUCUGUAUCUCAAAAAGUCAAAUUCGGAGGCUCUAUUAUUGACAUUACAGGACAUGUUAACAGUCACAUCCGGGAAUCUGCACAAGACUUGCAGAAAGCUACUCAAAGACCUCGAAAAGCUUCAAGCGCAACAAGAAGAAGGUGGUGCACCUCUUCGCAGCGAGCAAGACCUCCACAACGCUACUUUGAGAACAACCGUCGUCGCCAAGAAGGUCGAGUUGAGCAAGCAAAAGUCUACACUUACCAAAGGCGAUGCUGCCUACUCCGACAUCCUGCGACAGUUCGUAGAAGCACUAGAAACUCAGUUUGAAGCCACCCUCAUCAACCCGAAAGAUUUGGUCUUCAACGAGAUUUUCAUGUAUGACCUCAAGUCACCACACAAAGAUGUCUUCACACCGAAGCCUCGAGGUGCCAUCGAGCGUGCGCUGUCAUCUCCCCACGAUUAUCUGGACUGCGAGUGCUGUGCGCCGGAUGCAAAUGGUGAUGAGAAUACUUUGGCAUCAACACAGCCGUCGACUGCUAUCCUUUAUCAACUUUACCUGGAGAGUGGAGCUUUGAUGAAUGUUGCGGAUUUGCGAACGGCGUUCGUGACGAUAUUGGGCGAUGACCAAGAUGAGGUUUUGACAAAUGCUCUGUUCCAGCGCUCUCUGGCUGAGCUGCGAUACCUAGGACUGGUGAGAGGAACAAGGAAGAAGGCAGACCACGUCAUGAAGAUAUCAUGGAAAGGAGUUUAA